GCUUUACUGUCUUUUGCUUGACCCCUGGAUCCAGUGGUCUUCCUUCUUGCUGCAUGCCAACCUGCCUGAUGCCGAAGACAUGGUUGCGAUCAUCCGGGGAGUGGCACAUGCCCGAGGCAGGCCGAUUACUGUAAAACAAGGUGACAUGAUUCAGGUCAUAGGCUAUGGAGCAGCCAUACCUCCUGUCCUUGAACUUGACGACCUUCUAUUUGCAGGGGAACACUGGGAGCCAGAACCGCCUUUGGCCUUUUCCUCUUCAUUCUCCCACUUUUGGGUUUUGCAUGAGGGAGGUUCCAGAGGGAUUGAUGCUGACUACCAUAAGAUCACCAGUGCCUACGGGUUCCAGGAAUUUGCCGCUGACACCCUCCAGUUUGCGCAAUAUCGUACAACUCUUAAGACUGCCUCGCCUAGGAUCCAGGAUGCCGUCUUUAAGGGUGUCUUAUGCAAAGCCGUUGUCCUGGUUACUGAAUGCCUCCCUACCCUGCCGGUGCCUCCAGCCAGGGUUACAACACCCCUGACUGUAGUCUUCCUUGACAUGCGACCGGUCCUACGAGGCCUCGACUGGCGAAUCAUUGUACAAGGGGAAGUCGACAUCGAGGUCUUCAAACAGGGUCUUAAGCUUGACAUUCCUCCUGGUUUUGUUUUGAAAGUCGCUGGCGGCAACAGAGUGAGCCUGAUGUGGAUGGUGGCAAUGACAGUUCAGAUUCUGACUCUGAUUCCAGCAGUGACAGCAGUGGCCCCGACUCGCCUGCUGGCGGGAAAAGUCCAGCUGCAAGAAGCCGUUCGCCACGCAACCAUAAGGGCCAGCAUACUCGAGUUUGUCAAGCUCCCAAGGGCAGCCCAGUAUUCUAUUUUUGCCGGGCCAUAUGGGGAUCUCCUCCAGGAGGUCUGUUCCUUGGGUGGCGCGCAAUACAAGCGCCUGGUGGCCAAUUUUCCUGCCGGAUUGCAGUCCCUGACGCACUCGAUGCUGCCGCCUCUGCUCGACAUCCUGAGGCACCAGGGUGCCAUCAUUGCAGUAGACAGCAGGGCCAUAAAUGACAGACUCUUUGCGGCUGAGGUCAUAGGACAGACUGCAAUCAAGUCGGGGGUGGACGCCUUGCCCACCGCUAGCAAGAGAUCGCUGCGCGCCUUGGUAUCAGAAAUGGAGACCUUGGCCUUUCGCCUGCCUUUGGAGGCCUAUCCUCCUUGGGUUCGAUUGGCUUCUAUGUUACUGUCUUGGUCGAAUUGUCAAUGGGGCCUCCUUUUGCAGGCUACAGGCCCUCCAGAUGAGCCCUCGGGACCUCCUGGUUGGGGAGGUGAGGAUGAAGAGCCUUGGAGGUCCAAUGGGGUGCAAGCGGUUCCUCUUCCUCUCCUGGUCAUGGGAACCGCACUUCUGCUGAUGGCCGCGCACGUUUCUGACAGUGCCCAGCCUGCUGCCGAACAGGUAGUCUCGGGUAAUGCCUUCUUCUUAGCCAGCACACUGAUUGAAACUCUCGUUGAGCAUUUUGUGCCGGAUGCAGCUGCAGGUCCGGACUACACCUGCACUCGGACACCACCCAUGCUCUUGCCGCUGAAAGCAGCCUUGGUGUUGAAGAUGCUGUCAGUGUUGAAAUCUACACUGAUGGAUCCUUUCAUGGUAGCCUCAGUGCCUGGGCGUUUGCAGUCAUUGACCUGGGCCCUUCAUCCAGAACACUGCGUGGUUGGUGUCGCGGCGCAGUUGCACUCGAAGGUGAACCGGCUUUCAUUGGUGCGCAGCACCACUCCGCGCUCGAGGCUGAGAGAUCGGCUUGGGCCCUUGCACAUGCCGAUGGUCGCACCCGGGUCUGGACAGACUCGCUUGCUGUCAUUGGGCAGACUAGCGGGCACUGGGGAGGAUCCGCUUCCUCUCUACUCGCAAAAUCAUGCAGAGCCUUGGCCCAUGCGGUUGAGGCUUCCCGCGAUGUUUGCUUUUCAGCAUUCCGACAUGUCCGCGCCCAUAGGGGGGACCUAUUUAACGAGCUCGUUGAUGUUCUUAGCGAAAGGAACCCCUGUCAUUGGCCAGCUCUACAAGGAGGAUGUUGCUAAAGGCCUUGUUGGGCGAGCCACUGAAACCGUUGUUUCUGAGACCCACUUCCGUUUCACCUCUGCUGCCAAUCAUAAGGGAUUUCAGGGUCUUGAGCUGGUCGCCCAGACAUCUGUUUGCCAAGUGUAUGCGUGGAGGGAUUCCUGGUGGCGAAAGUUUGUUGACGACCUCCGCGGCUAUGCUGGGGAUCUCCCGGUUGUAGUCCUUGGAGACCUGAACCUUAGGCUGUCUGAGCCUUGGGCAGACAGAAUAGGUGACCUCUGCUGGGAGGAGGGUGCCAGUCCGCCAGCGCCCUUCUUCAAGAUGCUGCUGAACCACGGGCUAUGGGCUCCGUCUACCUUCACAGCUUGUCAUCGUGGCCUUUCACACACCUGGGUUUCGCCUGGACAAGGGACUCUUUCUCGCAUUGAUUUCAUACUUGUCCCUACGACUUGGAAUGUUGACCAUGGGUCCUCCCGAGUCCUAUAUGAGGUUGACUUCGGACAAGCCGGUCUUGACCACUUCGCAGUGUACCUUGAAGUCUCAGCUAUUCUAGAUGCCUCCUGCCACAAGGGGCGCCGACCGCCCCGCAUCGAUGUCAGCCGCCUACAGGCACCUGAGAAUGCUAACGUUGUGCAGGCCAUCUGCAAGACUGUUCCUGCUGUUCCGUGGGAUGUUGAUGCACACACCCACUACGAACUCUUCUCCAGGCAUCUUGUCGAGCAUCUUGCCCUGGCUUUCCCGGCUAACCAAGCUUCCAGGCGCAAGUCUUUUUUCUCCGAUGGUACUUGGUCCUUCCGCCAGCAACGGGUCAGUCUCCGCAAACUCGCUCAUCGUGCCUCUGCCUGGAUUGCCAAUUACGAGGUCCGCGUUGCCUGGGUUGCUUGGAGCUGUGCUGGCCCCAUGAGCUGGGCUGGUCUGCUCUCGUUUGCUGACCUACUUCGCAGCGAUCCAUCCAAGGAGAUAAACGCAGCUUCACACAGGAGGCUGCGAGAGCAGCUGCCACUUGCUCCUCUAAGGAUGGUAAUAUUGCGACUGACCUUGAGGCAGCAGAAGCCAGGUGGAUUCGAGUGGGACCUUGCAGACUAUGACAUCGGGGCUGAAGAAAUCCUCACCCGGGCUCAGAUAGAAGAUGGGUGGCGACCUACAUGCGGUGUGGAAGAGAAAAGGACGCAGUGCGGCAGACACUUCGAGAAUGCUGCUAUGCCGCUAGGCUAUGGCAGGAACGAUGCCGAACAAAAAAGGCCUGAUGAAACCUCCAUCCAAAACGUUAUUGCCACGCUUGGACUUGACGCGGCCGUGGGGCCUCGACUCCAGGCCUACGUUCGUGAGCAAUCACUCAUCAGAGCUGCUGGAGGCCCUACAGUUCUCUCCUCCAUGGUCGAAGAGAGCAACUGUGACACCUGGUUCUCUCAUGGAGCUCUUGAGGGAACGGCCAUCGUGAAGGCUGGUACGCGUCCGGGAGACAAUCUUGCUGACCUCAUCUUUUCCUUCCUUUUCGCCGAGUUGUUGGCGGUUCUUCGAAAACGGUUUUCUGAGGCCGGCCUCUCGAGUGCACUCCCUUGGAACGAUGCAUGGCUCAGGGCCGGCCCGGAAGCGCCUGCUGCAUCAGGCCCUGCAGACGUUGCCAGGCCUAUUGACGUAACCUGGAUGGAUGAUUUGGCGUUAUUGGUUGAGGACCCACAUCCAGAUAAGCUACUCGAUAAAGUAGUUGCAGUUGCUACGGCCACUUUGGACGAGUGCAUGAAAGCCACACUGGUGCCGAACCUUACGGAAGGCAAAACUGAGUGCGUCUUAGCCCUUUGUGGUCCUGGGUCUAAGAAGAUCGCUGCUCAGGUUUUCCGUGGCAGCUCUCCGGAUCUUUCGUUGCAUUCCGACAUCUGGCCUGAUGCCAGGCUACGACUCGUCUCCACAUAUAAGCAUGUUGGAGGGCUUGUCCAGGCUGGCGGAGGAACCGCUAAGGAAGUGCGUUCCAGAAUAGGGGCGGCGUGGGCGGCAUUCCGGCAGCACCGGCGCCAGGUCUUCUCGUCCCCACUCGUCCAGGCUAGGGACAAGGCGGUCCUCUUCUCCUCUGUUGUUGAAUCCACCCUUUUUUAUGGUGUUGGAGCAUGGCCAGCGCAUGAUGAAGCUGCCACUGGGAAGUUUCGGGGAGCUCUGAUUGGGAUGGCGCGCCUCAUGUUACGCCCUCGCUUCUCCUACACCCAGGCCCGACACCUGAGUGGACUCUACGCCCUUGCCUGUGCCCGGAUAAUGCCUGCGGAGAUUACCAUUGCCCUUGAGCGCCUUAGACAUCUUAGGCUGGUUGUCUCUAAAGGUUGCGCGGAAUUCUGGGCCCUCCUGCAUGCAGAGCAAUCGUGGCUACACCAGGCACAGCAAGCUCUUACCUGGGCAGGUGAGCUCAGGACUCGAGCUAGUCUGAAAGGGCCUGACCUCUCAGACUGGGAUACUGCGGCUGCCAUUGCCCGGCACGAUGCUGGAAGAUGGAAAAGUCUUGUCAAGCAGACCAAGAUCGCUGCAGGGCUUGA